AUGAACUCCGAAAGCAGUGUCACUGCGCUGGCAAGUAUACAGAGUAAAUACAAGUUUAGAGCGAAAACUCUUGAAUACUCCACGUCUUUUUAUCCUGAUAGAUUUACGAUUCUUUAUAAGGAUAGAAAAGCAGGAGAAAUCCUGUACGAAAAUAUCUUAAGAGUUGAGAAAAAUAGAGAAGGCCUGAGGUUUGGGCUGAAAAACGGAUCAUGGAUGAAGAUACCAUGCACGCCGGAGGAGAAAAAGAAAAUAUUCCGUAUAUUCAAAGCCAAAAGACUUGGAGGCAUUUUGAGUGAAAACGAUAUAGUAGGGUUGGCACUUGUAGAAUUUGCGGAUUUGAAGUUUCUGGUUCCCCUUGGAAACGCCUGCUUUGCAGACUUCAAGAAGAACGUGAUCAGAAGGAUUGGAGGUCAUUUUCUUCCAUCUCAGAGUCUGGACUUUGUGAGCCUGGACCAUUAUAAUGAGUUUUCUCUCUACAUAAAGGACAAGGACUCUCUUGUGGCAUUUGAAAAUGAUGACGACUUAUUAUGUAGUCUUUUGUAUUUUGAGAAGAAGCUCAAUGUAGUAGUCAAGCAUGCACCCAAGGUGCCUUGA